AUGGAGCGGUUGCCGACCAAAUGUGCACUGGCAGCGCGAAACAUCCCGGUGCAGAGCCAACUGUGUGUGUUUUGUGGAGACUAUGGGGAGAUGAGUGAUCAUUUAUUUGUUUCGUGUCAGUUUGCACAAGUAAUAUGGUUAAAUAUUGCAGGGUGGUGUUUGGUUCCGCCGGUUAUUGCGUUCGGCAUAAGGGAUAUACUUGCGUUGCACGAAAUUCAUCCGGGUUCGAGUAAGAGGAAAAAAGCAUUGUAUGCCGUUAUUUUGGUCACCUUCUGGUGUAUUUGGAAGACGAGAAAUGAAGUGGUUUUUGGACAAGUUAUUCGUAUACGACCAGUUCGUUAUCAAUUCGCGAAUUUAGGGUUUGAUUCGUCAUUCCAAUUCAUGUUUCAGAGCUUCAACUGGUGCUGCAAUGUCGUUCCAAUUUGUGUUUUAGAGCUUCAACCGGUGUUGCAAGCCUACAAUGUCGUUCCAAUUUGUGUUUCAGAACUGGUGCUGCAAUAUUGGCCUGAAACGAUGAAGAAGAAGAAUAGUGGCUGUCGUGUUUCAACUUUAGGUUAA